UCGAGUUCGACGGGGGUGGAUUGUCCCGGAAAAUAGGGGAUUGGGUUGACGCAGACGGUGAAAAUGUCUGACAGUGAGGACACUGAUGCCUCGGGGGCCACCGAGUGGCCAGCGACGCCUGUCACGAAGGAAUGGCUCGAGAACAUCCUCAUGAUUCAUCAUGGAGAAGGCUCCAGCAUCAGUGUCAAUGACUUCGAGGUGAAUCCAGGGUGCACCGCGGGGGAGUCUGUACUCAGUGAUAUUCUAGCUGUCACCAUUGAUUACACUCUUGGUAACGAUAACAAUCGUCUCAAUGUCAUUGUCAAAUUACUCCCACAAGACCCGUUCAAUCGGUUCUUCGUUACUGAGGCGCAGUUCGAUCUGCGGGAGAUCAAGUUUUACACUCAGGUUGUCACCGAUCUGGAGGCAUUUCUGAAGAAGCAACUUUCGUCCGAGACCGAGUGCAUCGAGCUUCCAAUCCCAAAGUGCAUUCACGCCCAUUACAAGCCAGCCGGUGGCACUGAGGACACCCCAGAGCCCCCCGAGUCUUUCCUAGUUCUUGAAAAUUUACGUAAUCGCGGCUUCGAGGGUGCCCAAGUCUCCCGCGGCCUGACAUUAAGACAAACCGAAGCGGCAUUGAGCGCAGUCGCUUGUCUCCACGCGCUAUCACUCACACUUAAGGUCAGGGAGGCGACACCACUGUCCGAGCGUUAUCAAUUUUUAUUUCAAACGGCCAGGGCAACGGACUCGUAUCAGAUGCUGGUUGAGCGUGGCCUGCCCCAGUUGGCCCACUUUUUGGAGCGUCGACCCGGUCUUGAGGCCGUCCUAGAGUCGCUGCUGGCGCUCAGACCCAAGACUAAAGAGAUUAUCUCAUCGUUACUUGCGCCUGAGGACCCCCUGGCACUCAUCACCCACACGGAUUUCUGGUGCAAUAAUUUGUUGUUCAAGAACGACGAGGAUGGCAACUGCAAGUGCGCCAUUCUCGAUUGGCAAAUGGUCACUUACAGUCGACCAACUAACGACAUUGCUCUGCUGCUUGUGAGCUCAGUCCCCACUGAAUUGAGGAGAAUUAACACACCUGGCUUGUUGGACAAGUACUGGGAGACACUAACGACAACUUGUCGAUCACUUGGCCUCGAUAUUGGCGAGGAAUUGGGCUAUGGUAGGGAUGAUCUUGACAGGGAUUAUCGAAGAUCACAACUAUUAGCUCUACUACUUUGUAUUGGCUCUGUUGAUGUGGCCUUUGGGGAUCCACUCACUGAGCAGAGGCUCAUUGAUGUACUCGAGGAUUUUCACAGGGAUGGAGUGCUCAAUGUCGACAGCAUCGAGGCAGCAAAGUAGAUUUUUAAUUCACUGACGAUAUGAGAUAUUAAGUAACAAGUUUUGUCGAACAUUUUGAGAAUAAUGUAAUUGAAGGUGAAUAUAUGUGAUGUUUAUCCACUCUAUGUUUCGACGGUUUGGAGGAAUGUUCAUUUAUAUUUUUUUGGGCUUAUUUUGUAAGAGAACAGAACAGUAUUUCAGUAUUUAAUGGUGGGGAUUUUUUAAUUGACGUUGUAGGGACUUUCGUCGAGGGGACGAUGUUUCUGGCUCGAUUUCUAUGGGGAGAGAGAGAGUGAGGGGCUCGUUGGCGAGUGAUUCACUCUGGGGGAACGGUAGUGAGCCAAAAAGUUUAUGAAAUCGAACCGCAAUUUAUCGAGACUGAGGCUCUAUAGUGGCUUUGGGGGCAUGAAGCUUUGGGGGAAUUUUAGGAGAAAACGAAUGACGAUAUGUAUUGCAUUUGCAUAUGCUCAGCUGAAAGAAAGUUUAAGAAUAAACGAGAGAAAUCGAUAUUGUAAUUUACGUAUUUACGUAGAGAAUUAUUGUAAUGUAUGGUGGGUUUAUUAUUUUAAGCAGUGGGGGAAAACGGACACUUUUGACUCUUUCAGAAAAGAAUUUGUCGAGAAUUCAAAAUUUUUUAUUCCCUAUUUUUUUUUUAUUCCCUAUUUUUUUUUUUUAUUCAAUGAGUUGAUUUUUCUGAAAAAUUCAGAAGUGUCUGUUCUAAACUCAUCUUUUCUAAAAAAUCUAGCACUUUCUGUAAGAAUUCUAUCUGUUUUUUCGCACUAAGCCUGUCGAAAUCAUAAAUUAUGAAUUGCGAUUUUUUACGAGAACUCGAGCAAGAAUUCUCAAUUUUUCGUCAUCGAUUUUAUUAUGAUAAAAAAUUUUGAAUGCAAGAAAAUACAUUGACUUUUUCCUAUCAAAAUAUCCCUUGAAAAAAUAACACAACAAACUUGCAUGAUCUUUAAUAGAAUCAGUGGAAAAAACGUUUUUUAAUUAAAUUUUGUAACAUCAACGAGCGAAAAAUAUCUCCGAGUAUUUUCUUCGAAAGUAAUAGCAUAAGAUUUUGUAUGUUUCGUCAUUUGCAUCAACUUUAUACUGACCAUAAAAAAAAUUCAAGUUUUUUAUCAUCAAAAUAAUAUCAACUCCAAUCCCCGGAGACCGGUAUGCAAAUGAAUACCGCAUUUUUUUAUGCCGAGAACGUUUGUUUGAUUGAUGAUUUCACGAGUGUGUUGGAAAAUUGUCUUUCAAUGUGAAAUACCCCCAAAUAAAUCUCUGUUUCACCCGAUACCUGGCACUUUCUCUAACGCCCUUACCGUCUCACUCUCGAGUCACAAUAAUCUCGGGAUGAAUAAU